AUGGGAUCAGAUCGGAGAUGGAUGUAUGCUAGGUUAAAAGAUGGUCUAUUGACCUCAGAAUUCAUAGAAGGUAUUGAACAAUUCAUAACAUUUGCUAAGCAACAUCCAGAGUGGAUGGAUGGGGAUAAACUGAAGUGUCCAUGUAAUCAUCGAAAGUGUCAGAAUCGUAAUUAUGCUGAUGAGAAUACAAUUCGAUUACAUUUGAUGAAGCAUGGAUUUGUGCCAUAUUAUUAUAAAUGGAUUCUACAUGGGGAACCCCGCACAAGUGAUAUUGAUAGUCAAAACAUAAAUGUUAUGAUAGCGGAGUCUGUUCAAGAGGUUGAUAAUAGCACAAGCAAUACCUAUGAGCAAAUGGUAAUGGAUGCAGCAGGUCCUGAUUUCUUUCAGGAUGUAAUGGAGGAGCCUCCAAAUCCAUCAGCUCAAAAAUUGUAUGACAUGUUACAAGCUGCUAAUCAAGAGGUGUGGCCAGGUUGUGAAAGCCAUUCGCAGCUCUCAGUUGUUGCAAGGAUGUUGAACAUCAAGGCAGAACAUCAUUUGUCAGAAAGGUGUUUUGAUGACAUUUGUCAACUUAUGAAAGAGGUGUUACCGGAUGAAAAUUUAAUGAAUGAAAACUUAUACUGUACAAAGAAGAUGGUCCAAGCAUUUGGCCUACCUGUUGAGAAGAUUCAUUGUUGUACUAAUGGAUGUAUGUUAUAUUGGGCUGAAGAUAGUGAGUUAACGAAUUGCAAAUUUUGUGACCAUCCACGGUUCAAACGACAUAGUCGAGGCUCUUCUAAUUUUCAAACCAAUGUGCCACAUAAGAAAAUGUACUACUUUCCUCUCACACAGAGAUUGCAAAGAUUAUAUGCUUCGAAUGCAACAGCAAAAGAAAUGAGAUGGCAUGCUGAGCAUGACCAUGAAGAUGGGGUAAUGUGUCAUUGUUCAGAUGCAACUACAUGGAAGCAUUUUAAUAAAACACAUCCUUCAUUUGCUGCUGAGGUUAGGAAUGUAAGGCUAGGACUGUGCACCGAUGGGUUUCAACCAUUCGGUCAGUCUGGACAACAAUAUUCAUCUUGGCCAGUCAUUGUCACUCCUUACAAUUUGCCUCCUUGGUUAUGUAUGAAGGAAGAGUAUAUGUUCCUAACGGUAAUAGUUCCUGGUCCGAGAAACCCAAAAGACAAAUUGGAUGUGUACUUACAGCCCCUUAUUGCAGAGUUGAAACAGCUUGUGGAAGUUGGAGUUGAGACAUAUGAUGCAUCAAAGAAGAAAAAUUUUAAUAUGAGGGUUGCGUUAUUAUGGACAAUAAGUGAUUUCCCUGCAUAUUCAAUGUUAUCCGGUUGGAGCACAGCAGGCAAGACUGCUUGUCCAUAUUGUAGGGACGAUUCAGAUGCAUUCACAUUGACAAAGGGUGGUAAACAAUCAUGGUUUGACAAUCACCAUAAAUUCUUACCAGCUAACCAUCCUUUCAGACGGAAUAAAAUUGCUUUUAGAAAGAACAAGACAGUUACAAAAAGUGCUCCCCCCAUUCUAUCUGGUGAGGAAAUUUUAGAACAAAUAGAACAUCUAGGAUUAAUGUGUGUCACAGAUAUGGGUGCAGAUGAGAAUAACAGUUGCAAAGCAAAAAACACGGGUUGGAAGAGACGGAGCAUUUUUUGGGAUUUGCCAUAUUGGAGUACUAACAUGCUUCGCCACAACCUGGAUGUCAUGCAUAUAGAGAAAAAUGUAUUUGAAAAUAUUUUUAAUACUGUGAUGAAUGUUGAAGGGAAGACGAAGGACAAUGCAAAAUCAAGGGAAGAUUUGAAAGAGUUUUGUCACAGACCUGAGUUAGAGAGGGAUAUGGCAACAGGAAAGUAUCCUAAAGCAUGUUACACAUUAGACAAACAAUCAAAAGCAGUGUUGUGUGAAUGGCUUAAAAAUCUUAGAUUCCCAGAUGGUUAUGUGUCAAACAUGGGUGUGGCAAGCAUUGACCGAAUUGAGCAAUUUCUUUAG